AUGUCUGGUGGGACCAUUAUGGAUACAAUGACUUCGUUGCCACAUCAAAAUGAUCAAAAUGUUAUUCGACAUCUCACAAAUUUGGUGAAAUCACCAGCUGAAGGUGAUGCGGAUAUUAAGAAAAAAGAAGAUUCGAUUAUGGAGUUGGGAAAUAUAUUGGCUCAAAAUAAGCAAACCGAAGAGCUCAGAAAGGUUAGAUUUUGAAAUUUGUAUGAUAAAAAAACCGAAUUUUUUUAGAUGAUCGAACAAACUCGUCCAUUUUUGGUUUCUUUGGGAAAAGCAAAAGCCGCUAAAUUGGUUCGUGAUUUGGUUGAUUUGUGCCUUCGAAUUGAUGAUCAAGAUGGAGAUAUUAAAGUUGGAUUGGUUAAAGAAUGCAUUCAAUGGGCGACUGAACAAAACAGAACAUUUUUGAGACAAACUUUGACUGCUCGACUUGUUCGUCUUUAUAAUGAUUUGCAAAGAUAUACACAAGCUCUUCCACUCGCCGCUGAUUUGAUUCGUGAGCUCAAAAAAGUUGAUGAUAAAGAUGUUUUGGUUGAAGUUGAACUCGAAGAAAGUAAAGCAUAUUAUAAUUUGUCAAAUAUUGGAAGAGCUCGUGCUUCUUUGACUGGAGCAAGAACCACUGCAAAUGCUAUAUAUGUGAAUCCACGUAUGCAAGCCGCUUUGGAUUUGCAAUCUGGAAUUUUACACGCCGCCGAUGAGAAGGAUUUCAAAACUGCGUUUUCGUAUUUCUAUGAAAGUUUUGAGGGAUACGAUUCUGUUGAUGAAAAAUUGAAUGCAUUGACUUCAUUGAAAUAUAUGCUUUUGUGCAAAGUUAUGCUCGAUCUUCCAGAUGAAGUGAAUUCAUUGUUGUCAGCAAAAUUGGCGUUGAAAUAUAAUGGAAGUGAUUUGGAUGCGAUGAAAGCGAUUGCAGCUGCUGCACAAAAAAGAUCAUUGGCUGAUUUCCAAAAAGCAUUUGGUGCAUAUCCACAAGAAUUGCAAAUGGAUCCAGUUGUUCGAAAACAUUUCCAUUCGUUGAGCGAAACAAUGUUGGAAAAGGAUUUGUGCAGAAUUAUUGAGCCAUAUUCAUUUGUUCAAAUUGAUCAUGUUGCUAAACAAAUUGGUAUUGAUAGAUCGAAGGUGAGAAAUGAAAAGAUUAAAAUAUUUGUAAACAUUUAAAAACGUGAAAACGUGAAACCCAUGUUUUCAGACGUCCGGAUAAUCUUUCAGAAAAAAAGUGACAUAUAAAUCAACUCUCUUUUUAUACCACUUUUCAAUAUCUAAAUUUUUCAGGUCGAGAAAAAAUUGUCGCAAAUGAUUUUGGAUCAAAAACUUUCGGGCUCAUUGGAUCAAGGCGAAGGAAUGUUGAUUGUAUUUGAUAUUUCACAAACUGAUGAAGCCUAUCAAACAGCUCUCGAUACAUUACACGCAAUGGGCGAAGUUGUCGAUGCACUUUAUCAAAAUGCCUCAAAACUCAACUAA